CAGGACCAAGAUCUCUGGAGCGAUGGUCUGGGUUGUUUGACAUAUCUUCACUCUCGGAACAUUUCACAUCGUGAGCCGACUUUCAAGAUUCCGAUUGAUGCACUCCGACGUUCCAAUUCUCCAUAUCUACUCAAAUAUUGCUUGUACAGGCCAACUGCAUCAGCUACCUCGAUGAAAUAUGCUGCAAGCGAACUGAAAGUCUCCACUGGCAGCUGCGGUGACCAGGCCUGCAACAACGGACGCGCGUGUGCAGACCUCCGCUUGUUUGUGCCUCCCCCAGUGCACGCCUCCCGCGAUGAGUGCCACGCUUACAAUUUGACCACGCGCAACUACUUUGCGUUUCUGAUGGCUCGGCCUCUCGUCGGUACUCAGCUGUCCACCACGUUAACAGAUCUGUGGAGGCGCAUACAGCUUUGGUCACCCAACGCUUCCUCUGAAUUGUACGAGUACUGCCGAGCGCAAGGCUACACAGAUGUCACCGGCAACCCUCGCCUUGCGGUCGCGAUGCUUGCGCUCGCCACAGAAGCUCGAUGGCAAGCUGUGUGGGUGGAUGCCUUUGCCCAUUGCGUCGGCAUGCAGAGCCAAUUA